AUGGAUCGUGAAGCUAGUAACAAGCUAAAACUCUUGGAGCACAUGCUAGAUGAUCCAAGUGCAGGACCGACAGACCUGCCACUAUCACUUCUAACAGAAAUCACGAAUAAUUUUUCUCACGACCAAGAAGUUGGCAGAGGUGGCUUUGCAGUUGUCUACAAGGGACUACUUCAGAAUGGGAGGACAGUCGCCGUGAAGAAGCUGUCAGACAUGGUCAUGGAUGAAAACAAAUUCAACCAAGAGUUACUUAGAAGUUGGAGCAACAGGCUUGAGGUAUCACAAGGAGACGAACAGUUGGAACAGGUAAGUUGA